AUGGUCAAAGCCAUGUUCUCUACAUUUACAAAGCUCGUUCCGCUCCUGCUCCUUUCCUUAGGAGCUUCACCGCCCACUGUAGCGGCUCAAGAUCUCAGCGCUACUACCUGCACAGGACUAUGUGCGUCUCUAGUAACGAAUUCAUCGACCUGGGAGGCCAGUCAAAAAGUCACCACCGACUAUGCAUUCUAUGACGUACCCUCGAACUUCUCGAAAUCCCUCAAGCCAGGCACACUACUCAAGGUCGAAUAUGUCACCAACUACACCAACUAUACCGUGCCAAGUGGCCUGACCAUGUCACGAAUCUUGUACACAACCAGCGAUUUGAACGGUACCACAUUGCCUACAUCCGCCUACAUCCUGUGGCCUUUUGCACCAUUCCAAAGCCCUCAGCUCAAGGACGGACAAUUUCCCUUCGUGGCAUGGGCACAUGGGACCUCUGGUUUCCAAAAGACCUGCGCACCUAGCAGCUACAAAAGCUUGCAAUACCACUUCAUGGUCCCAUAUAAGCUAGCCCUGGAGGGCAUGGUGGUGGUGGCACCAGAUUACCUUGGCCUUGGGGUCGAUAAAUUGCCAACUGGAGAGCAUAUCGGACAUCCGUAUCUAGCGGGGCCAUCUGUCGCGGCUGACAUCGCAUAUGCAGUGACUGCUGCUCGUGCAGCGUUCCCUGUCCAGCUACCCAAGGAUGGCCCAUUUGUCGGCAUGGGUCAUUCCCAAGGAGGCGGCUCAAUCUGGGCUUUCACGGAACGUUUAGUUGACCACCCUCUUCCCGGAUACAAAGGCUCCGUCAUGCUAGCACCAGCUGUUCAAUACUUUGCUCUUCUGGCGAAACAGUUGGCGGCACUGCCCGAGAUCUUGAGCACUGCCGCCCUCACACUUCAGCCCGCUUUCGUCGCUGCAGUCACGACAGCUUUCCCCGCUUACAACUACUCGGGCUUCACGGCCCUCGGCUACGAUCGAUACAAGAACGUCGUCGAGCCACUCAAAGUAUGUCUGCCCACCUACACCUUGGCCACCAGCACCGAAGACGUGAUUUUCAACACCACCAAGCCCGGCUGGUACCAAGACCCCACCGUACAGAGAUACGCCGAGUUCACCGAGCACGGCCACCGGAAGCUGAAAGGCCCAAUCCUGAUGCUGGCCGGCGAGCGCGACGCCGCCGUCCACUACCCGAGUCUCCUCGAGAUUGUCAAUGGCACCUGCUCCUUGCUGACACAGGAGAAAUGGGGCGAAUCCAUUGACUUUGUCACCUACAAGGACAUGGACCACUUCCCGAUGAUCCAAGCCAGUUCGGCGCGAUGGCUGUCGUGGAUCAAAGAUCGCCUGGCGGGAAAGCCCGCCCCGAAGCCCGGCUGCUCCUCCGCCGUCGUCAAGGGCUUCAGGUCCGAGUUCACCGAACAAAGUACCGCUCCCAACUUCUUCCUCGACGCAAUCCCUCCCUCCGCUCCUUAUCAGGCAGCUUUCUGA